UUAGAGGGAGGGAUGGGGUUGUUAAAUAAUGCAUGUAUGAUGUACCAGUCCAGUACUACCACUCCAUCUUACUCUCUCUCUCUUCUUUCUCUCUCUAAAAACAGAGUUUUUCAGCCAUGGCUAAUGGCUUCUCUUCUCAAAUGUUAACAAAGGGAAGAAAGAAAUAAAACCCUUCUUUCUCACUUCUCUAUCUAUCUAAUCUUUCGUUUUCUCGCAUUUCACUAUCUGGGUUUGUGAAAAAAAAGUGUUCUUGGAUACAACAGAGAAGAACCAAAUUGAUCUUCUUCUCUAUCUCUCUCAGAUCUAUAGAUCCAUUUUCGAAAGUACCAGUCUUGUUUGAGUUAGAAUCAUGAGUAAAGAAGAGUUCUUGAAGAUUCAGACUUGUGUCUUGAAAGUUAACAUUCAUUGUGAAGGUUGUAAGCGCAAGGUUAAGAAAAUCCUUCACAAAAUUGAUGAUGUUUACACUACAACCAUAGAUUCAGAGUUGGGGAAGGUAACAGUCUCGGGAAAUAUAGACGCGGAAACUCUGAUCAAGAAGUUAGCCAAGAAUGGUAAACAUGCAGAGAUUUGGGGAGCCCCAAAACCAAACAACAAUCAUCAAAAUCUUCUCAAUACCCAGUUAAAGAACUUUCAGAUUGACAAUGGUAAAGGAGGUAAUAACAAAGCCCAGAAAGGUGCAAAUGGAAAUAACAACAACAACAAUCAGUUAAAAGGAGGAGGAGGCGCCGGCCACGGCCAUGGCCAAGGCCAAGGUCUUCCACCGCCCGCCGGUAUGACCCCACAUCAACAACUUCAACUCCAGAAUUUGCAGCAACAGAUGAAAGGGUAUCCAGAUCUGUCCAAAUUGCCCCAAUUCAAGGACCUCAAGAUGCCUAUGGCUAUGCCUAUGCCAAUGCCAAUGGACAAGAACCAGAGCCAGAACCAGAACCAGAAAGUUUCCAAAUUUAACCCCCCUGAGGAAGAUGAUGAUGAGGAUGAUGAUGAAGAAGACUAUGAUGAUUUGAGUGAUGAAGAUGACGAUGAGCUGGAUGAUGAUGAUGAAGAUGAAUUGGAUGAUGAAGAAGAUGAACUGGUUCUUCCCCCAAAACAACAGAACAUGAACAACAAACCAAUGAUGGGUCAACAAAUGCCUAACUUUAUGAUGAAACCAGGUGGUGCAAACGGUGGUAAUAAUGGAGGAAAUGGAGGUUUGAAUGGUAAACAAUUACCCCCUGGCAUCAUCCCUACUGAAGGAGGAAAGAAAGGAGGUGCUAAUGGUAAUGGUAAUAAUGCUAAUAACCACCAAAUGGUUAAAAAUUUCGGAGGUGGUAAUGGUAAUUUCGGUCAGCAGCCUCAAGCUAAUAAGAAUUUUGGAGGGGGUAAUGGUAAUUUCAACAUGAAUUCUGGCAAGAACAUGGGUGAUGUGAUUCAAGGAAUUCCAAAUAUGGGUGGUGGAGGUAAUAAUAAUAUGGGUAAUCUACAGAUGGCUCAAAUGGGUACAAUGCCAAUGGGUCAUAUGACCCAUAUGUUACCUGCCCAUGGCCUUCCAACUGGUGCCGCCGGAGGUGGAGGAGGGUAUCUCCCGGCCGGAGUUUCGCCGGAGAUGAUGAUGAUGCAACAGCAGCAACAACAACAACAGCAAAUGGCAGCCAUGAUGAUGAACCAGCAGAGAUCCAACGGUAAUGAGAGGUUCCAACCAAUGAUGUAUGCAAGACCACCACCGGCGGUGAACUACAUGCCGGCACCGGCGCCGCCUUACAAUAACCCAUAUCCAUAUGGGUAUCCGGCGCAUCAUCCUCCACCGUCGGAUCCGUACUCAGAUGCAUUUAGCGAUGAGAACACUUCGAGUUGCAAUGUGAUGUGAUUGAGAGAUGAGACAGAGGAUGAUGGCUUCUAUUUUAUAUUUUUAUUUUAUUUUUAUUUUUUUUACUAUUAUUAGUUAAUUAAUAGCCGUCAUCCUUCCUUGAAUUUAUCCCCUUGGAAUAUCUAAAACAAUGAGGGGUAAUUUAUAAACAGUUUAUGAAGAUGGGGGAAGUAUUUAAAUAUUAGUAUAGAUAAAAUAUUAUUAUUAUUAUUAUUAGUUAAAAAAAAAAAAUAUGGGUGUUGUGGGUUGUGGGCUUUCAUGGAGAUGUUUAUAGGACCUGUUUGUUAAUAAUAAUAAUAUAUAUAUAUGUUGGAAAUCAUGAAUAUCUUUUUUUUCUCUCUCACACACA